AUGCAAACCAUAAAGUGUGUCGUUGUUGGAGACGGUGCGGUCGGAAAAACAUGUUUGUUGAUCUCGUAUACCACUUCUAAGUUUCCCGCAGACUAUGUUCCUACUGUUUUUGAUAACUAUGCCGUGACGGUAAUGAUUGGCGACGAGCCCUUCACCUUGGGCCUAUUUGACACUGCUGGUCAAGAAGAUUAUGAUAGAUUGAGGCCGUUGUCGUACCCUUCUACAGAUGUUUUUUUGGUUUGUUUUUCGGUGAUAGCACCCGCUUCGUUCGAGAACGUCAAAGAGAAGUGGUUCCCCGAGGUACACCACCACUGUCCAGGUGUGCCGUGCCUUAUAGUGGGUACGCAAAUCGACUUGAGAAAUGACGAGGUCAUUUUGCAGAGAUUGCACAGACAAAAGUUGUCACCUAUAACUACUGAUCAAGGAGAGAAAUUGGCCAAGGAGUUGAGGGCAGUUAAGUACGUGGAGUGCUCUGCAUUAACGCAAAGAGGAUUAAAGACGGUGUUUGACGAGGCUAUUGUUGCUGCCUUGGAGCCACCAGUGAUCAAGAAAUCCAAGAAGUGCGCUAUAUUGUAA